AUGUUUCAGUCUCUCUCAGGACAGAUGGAGCCAGCGCUCUGCUACGAGUCCAGAAACAUCUCAUGUCAGAGGACCAUCUACCCCUUGCCCAUACGCAUCACCCUCUACAUGAUUCUGGGCAUCACAGUCAUCCUGACAGUGUGUGGAAACCUUUUGGUCACUGUCUCAAUCGCCUAUUUCAAGCAACUCCACACUCCAACGAACUACCUGAUUGCCUCUCUGGCUGUGUCUGACCUCCUUCUAGGAGUGUUGGUCAUGUUUCCCGGUAUGAUUCAGUGUGUUGAGACUUGCUGGUAUUUCGGUGACGUCUUCUGUAACGUCUACAUGAGCUCUGAUGUCAUGUUGUGUACAGCAUCAAUUCUGAAUCUGUCUUUUAUAUCACUUGACCGACACUACGCCGUUUGUCAGCCUCUGCUAUACAGAAGAAAAAUAACUGUGAACGUUGUGUUGAUCAUGAUUCUGCUCAGCUGGAGUGUUUCAGCUAUCAUAGGCUUUGGGAUGAUUUUUCUGAAGCUAAAUAUUUGGGGGGUGGAGGAGUUCUAUUACAACCAUGUCGCUUGUGAGGGAGGGUGUGUCUUGUUUCAGAGUGGACUGUCGAGUACAGUCUCAUCAGUUCUUUCCUUUUACAUUCCAGGAAUAAUAAUGCUUGGCGUUUACCUGAAGAUCUUCCUGGUGGCGCAGAGACAGCUGCGCAGCAUACAGAACGCAGGAACAUUGACCACGAGUCAGACUAAAGCCACUAAAACACUCGCUAUCAUAAUGGGGGCGUUUCUUUCCUUCUGGACUCCUUUUUUUGUCUGUAACAUCAUUGAUCCUUUCAUCAGUUACUCAACACCACCAGCGGUGUUUGAAACACUUGUGUGGGUGGGCUACUUGAAUUCCACUGUGAACCCUUUGAUAUACGCCUUCUUCUAUAGCUGGUUCAGGAAGGCGUUGCGUUUAUUCACCUCAGGUACAGUCUUUAAAUCCGACAUUUCAGAGACGACGCUUUUCACAUAAACUGAUGCAGAACAGAAGUCUCAGAGGCGGAUUUUAAUUCACAGACAUAGUUUUUGAAAAAUGUGCCAUUUCCCAUCACUUGAUGUGUUAAGGGGUCAGUGGUAAAGAGCAACGUUCAGGGGGUCCAGGAGUAUCAGUACUUUUGGUCAGCUUUUGGGGUUGAUCUGAGGGAGGACAGCCUGCCCCACCUUUUAUUUGCCCUGAAAUGCAGUGAAAGGAGCUAAGCUAUGCUGUCAAUUGUAAAACCUUGCCUUGUUGCAGGUUUAAAGUUCUGUAAGAACAUAAAGACAUUUUUUAUAGUGAGCACAAAAACAACAAAACCACCGGGCAACAGUACAACUCCCCCUGACUAAAGUACUCUGAUGAUAUAUGCUGAAUUAUACCGGUAAAUAAGGUAUGGCAUACAAAAAUGAAUAAUUAACUCACUUGCCAAUAUUACCUCUGAUAACUUCACCGUGUGGUAAAAGUCCACCCAUACGCAAAUUGUCAUGGUUUGCCAUGGCAGACACCUUUUGUUAGUUUGUUUGGACUUUUGUCACCUCCUGUUUUAUUUUGUAAUUGGUUUCCUCGUGUGUCUCAAUGUUUUUACUUCCUGUCUUGGUCCUGUUUCUGUGUGGUGAUUGUCUGCCCCGCCCUAAUGUGUUUCACCUGUGUUCAAUCACCCUUGCCUCCCUUGUCUAUAUAGUCUUUGUGCUCCCCUUUGUCUGUGUUGGUUUGUCUGUUCAUCUCUGGAUUGUCCUUGAUCUGUUCAUCUAUGGUUUUCCUGCCAGCUGUUUGAGUCUGGUUUGUCUUCAGUCUGUU